AUGGUCUCAUUCACACUGCAGUCUACCAUCUCAUCAGAACACGCAUACCUCAACGCACACAUUCUCAAGAAAAUCACAGCGCAGAUACCAUCAGUCUCAAUCUCACCAACGCAAUGGUCUCAUAUUAAAGAUCUAGAACUCGCCGACCCAGACUUCUACAAAUCUGGCACAAUUGAUCUUCUCAUCGGCGCAGACUUCUAUGGUCGAAUCAUACGACCUGGUCUCAGAGCAGGAAGUUCUUCAGAACCAAUUGCCAUGCAAACCAUGCUCGGCUGGACGAUUCUGGGCCCAGUCCAUGAACAAUCUCAUCAUUCACCUAGCCUGUCUCAUCAUAUCAUCUCAAAUGCUCAACUGCACGACUCUCUCACCAAGUUCUGGGAACUUGAAGAAGUUCCAGAGUCCUGCAACGAAACUCUCACCGUCGAGGAAGCUGAGUGUGAAGCUCACUUCCUAUCAACUCAUGCUCGAGAUGCAUCAGGACGAUACAUCGUCCGUCUACCAUUCAAAUCAUCAUAUCAGAAGCUAGGUGAAUCUCGUCACAUUGCGCAGCGUUGUCUCAACCGUCUCAUGAAGCGUCUUUCUCAAAAUCCAGAACUUCAAGGUCAAUAUACUGCCUUUCUCAACGAGUAUGAAUCACUUGGACACAUGACUCGAGUCUCAUCUACGGCGCCUGAACCUUCUCAUGUAUAUUAUUUACCUCAUCAUUGCGUUGUUCGCGAAGACAGCGAAACCACGAAGUUGAGGGUAGUGUUCAAUGGUUCUAGCAAAACAUCAUCAGCCAGUUCUCUCAAUAAUCAUCUGCAUAUCGGCCCAAGUCUUCAAGCAAAGAUCUGUGAUGUACUGCUGUACCUCAGAAGUCACAGAUACAUCUUUUUGACGGACAUCGUGAAGAUGUUUCGUCAAAUUCUCAUCCACCCUGAUGACAGGGAUUAUCAGCGCAUCCUCUGGACAGAGAACGGUCUCACAGUGGCUUAUCAACUCAACACCGUCACAUACGGCACUCGACCAGCACCAUAUCUUGCUGGCCGAGCUCUCAAACAACUUCUCAUCGACGAAGGGUCUCAAUUUCCACUCGCAGUGGAACCCUUUCAAAAAGGCAGCUACGUCGACGACAUCGGCGGCGGUGCCGACAAUCUCAGCGAUCUCAACGACAUUGCAAAUAAUGUCGAAGCGCUUUGCAAUUUAGGUUGCUUUCCACUAGCUAAAUGGAAAAGCAACCACCCUCAGUUCAGCAAAAUCUCAUCCUCACUCAGUCCAGAAGAUUCUCAUUCAUUCUCAGACAACAUCUCAAAGAUCUUGGGUCUCUCAUGGAAUUGUCAAGAAGACGUUCUCACCUUUACUGGCAAGACUUCUCAAACUCUCAGCAUCACCAAGCGCACCAUCACCUCAGAGGCUGCUCAGCUAUUUGACCCUCUGGGUUUAAUCUCACCAGUAAUAGUAAAGGCAAAGAUCAUCAUCCAGGACCUUUGGCUACAAAAGGUUGACUGGGAUGAUCCUCUCUCACCAGAGCUAGUUCAUCGAUGGAAAACUUUCCGCGAUGAAUUACCUCAACUGUCUCAUCUCAGAAUUCCUCGAUGGAUCAAUCUCAUCCCCAAUACAUCUGGCAUCGAGAUUCACGGGUUUUCUGACGCAUCUCAAGCUGCAAUGUCUGCUGUGAUAUAUCUCAGAGUCUGUCAACCUGGCGAACAGACUAUCAUCUCUCUCAUCUGCUCUAAAACUAAAGUUGCACCACUCAAACGUCUCACAAUUCCUCGACUCGAACUCUCAGCUGCAUUAUUGCUCUCAAAACUGGCAUCUCAUGUCUCAUCUACGCUGCAAUUAUCUCAUGUUCCAACUUAUUUGUGGACCGACUCAUCAACAACACUUGCUUGGGUUACCAGUGAACCAACAAGAUGGAAAGAAUUCGUCAAGAAUCGAGUUGAAGCGAUCCAGCAAAAUUCUCCAGAUGCACACUGGAGAUACAUCUCAGGAAAACAAAACCCUGCUGACUGUGCAUCCAGGGGUCUGACAGCAUCUCAGCUCAUCAACCAUCAGUUAUGGUGGACAGGACCCAGCUGGCUAGCUGAUCCUCCCUCUCAAUGGCCAUCUCAUCAUGUUCUCAGUUCAGCUACAGAUGAAACAGAGCAAAUAAACUCAGAAAUGAGACCUUGCAAGUCUCAUGUCUCAACUAGUCCACCUCUCAUGCCACUAUCCUCUCUCAUUCACUCAUGGACUACACUUACAGCUCUACUACGGCGUACUGCAACAGUAUUCAGAGCAAUCUCAUGUUUUAAGAAAGUACCUGGUUCAUCACUCAGCAUCUCACCUCUCACACCUGCUGAAUUACAAUCAGCUCUCAUCCAUUGGAUUAAAUCAACGCAGCAAGAAUAUUUCUCAUCAGAAAUCUCAUCAUUAUCUCAAGGCAAUACUCUCAAAAAAUCUCACUGUUUCACACGUCUCACCGCAUUCAUCGAUCAAGCUGGCGUAAUCAGAGUCGGUGGACGUCUUCAAAAUUCAGCAUUAGAUGCUGACAGCAAGCAUCCAGCAAUCCUUCCCAAGGAUUGUGUGCUCUCACGUUUCAUUAUCUCAGACUCUCAUCUACGCACUUUGCACGGAGGUACCCAGCUUACCUUAUCUCAUGUUCGAAAGAAGUGUUGGAUAAUUGGUGGACGAUCUCCAAUUAAAAACUUCAUCCAUCGCUGUCUCACCUGCGCACGAAUGCGGGGAGUCAGAUCUCAACAACUCAUGGGUCAACUUCCAUCUCAUCGGAUCUCACCAUCUCUCGUCUUCGAGAACACUGGAGUCGAUUACGCCGGUCCAGUGUCUCUGAAGUUCUUUCAAGGACGCGGUACCAGAUGCUAUAAGGGCUGGAUCGCUGUCUUUGUCUGCCUCUCAACAUCAGCUGUUCAUUUGGAGGUGGUCACUGACUACUCCAGUGAAGGCUUUCUCAAGGCAUUCCGCCGUUUCACUAGCAGACGGGGAAUUUGCCGCACACUGCGAAGUGACUGUGGAACAAACUUCAAGGGUGCUGAUCUCAUUCUCAAGCAACUUCUCACCGGUGCUCUCAAGGAAUCAUCUCAUCUACAGCAGCAUCUCGCCAAUGAUGGAACCCAGUGGUCAUUCAACCCACCUGGGGCUCCUCAUAUGGGAGGAAAAUGGGAGGCUGCAGUAAAAUCAAUAAAAUAUCAUCUUCAGCGAACCAUUGCUGACACACUUCUCACCUACGAAGAUUUCUCAACUUUUCUCAUACAAGUUGAGGCAGUUCUCAAUUCUCAUCCUCUCAGCGCACUCUCAGAGGAUCCGGACGACCUCACUGCUCUCAGGCCCGGACAUUUCAUCCGAGGUGCUGCCAUCAAUACCAUUCCGGAACCUAAUCUCACCGCAAUCUCAACCUCAAGACUAUCUCAUCUGCAACAUAUUCAAGAACGCUUACAGCAUUUCUGGGACCGGUGGUCCACAGAAUGUUUACAAUCUCAUCAAUCGAUCUCAAAAUGGAACACUUCUCAUCACGACAUCGCAGUUGGAUCACUUGUCUUGCUCUCAGACGAGCGGUAUCCACCAACAAAAUGGCCGCUCGCCCGUGUCAUCCAACUACAUCCCGGUGCAGAUGGUCUCAUCAGAGUGGUCACUCUCAAAACUGCAUCAACAACUCUCAAACGGCCAAUAAGCAAACUAGUGCUAUUGCCCGUCUCAUCGACCACGGAAGAUUCUCAUAAAUUGUCUCACUUCUCCAACGAGUAG